AUGACGACACUUCCGCCGCUUCGCGGGGGAGCGCGAACGAGGCAUCGCGCAGAGCAGCAGCACGCGGCUGACUACUCGUCCACCGAUGCGUUCAUGCUCGCCACGCUCGCACCCGCGACGAGCCACGACGGCUCCUCGUCGCACGAUUUGUCGCACGCUUCCUCUGGUGCCUCGCGAACCUCGCAAACAAAACUGGACGGGGAAUGGCCGCCUCGAAAUCUCCGACCGCGAAACCCUAACGGCACAGCGCACGCGAAGGCAAAUUCUGGUAAAAAGGUCAAGAAAGGCGGCGUCAAGAAUGGGGACAAGGCGGAGGAAGAGAGUCAAGAGGGCUUAGAGGACAGGAGUACCGGUAGUGAAAGCGUCAGUAGGGUGUGCAGUUCAGGUAGCGCGAAGCCAGACGGUUUAGUCGCGCGCGUUAGGAAGAAUCUAGGAGACCUGCGUCCGUUUGACGAGUCAGUUAAUAACGCGGACGCUGGAGCCAGUUGGAAUGCGGACAGCGGAACGGGAACGGGGCAAUUGGGCAGAGAGAACGCGCAAGGAGGAGGCGGAGGAAGCGAAGGAGGGGGGACAGGUGGCGGAGAGCCGUCAGGCGGAGUGCCGUCCGCCAGAACAGCCCCUUCCACCCGCGCAGUUCCGCGGAGGAGGCGGACGGGCGGGUGCAGCUUCGACAGCUCGUUCGACCCGGUGCUCUCCACCUCGCCCCCCGCGCCCAUGAGCGCCAGCGAUUGCGACGCCCCCAAGCCCAAGGGGCGCAGGGCAGCGGCGGCGGCGGCGCUCGCCGCCAACGCAUCGUUAGAAGCCCCUCCGAUACCCCGCACCGCCACCAACUCUUCCGCCGUCUCCAGCUGCUCCGCUGCUUCCGCCGCCUCCGCUCCCCCGGGCGCGCUGAAAGGGAUUCCACCCGUGGGGGGAUCGCGGGGGCACAGCAGGAGCCGCUCGCACGGGUCCGGGCGGCUGCUGUCGCGCCUGGCGCACCAGCCUGGCGCAGAGCUCCCCGCAGACGCGGGCGCUGGCGCUGCUGCUGCUGCGCCCUCUAGCGCUGCCUCUGGUGCUGUGGAGGGGGAGAAGAGCGGCGGGGGAGGCAGGCAUGCGGAGGGACUGCCCAUGCUGCCCCCGCCUGACGCACCUCAGAUCGUGAAGUGCCAGAGCUGCAACAAGUCGCUGGCAAUGCCGUGCAACAUGUCGCUCCACCCGCCACGCCACGGGCUGCCACCAUGUCAGAGCUGCAACAAGUCGCUGGCAGUGCCGCCCAGCCUGCCGCCGUCCGCCAAGGGCUAUCAGCGCCUGCGCUGCGGCAAGUGCCUGCAAAUCUCGAAAUACGCCCUCUACUCCCCCGCCACCGCCACCGCUGCCGCCUCUGCUGCUGGUGCUGCUGCUGACCUGGAACGAAUGCCCAAGGGGGAACAGGCGGAGCGGGAGGCGAAGGAGGGGGAGGAAAACGGGGCGGAGUGUUAUGGGGCGGGAGGGGGAGAGGCGGGUGAGAGAAGUGGAGGGAGAGGGGCGGAAGGUCAGGAGGGACCCGGGGAACUAGUUGGCGGUGGGAAAGACGGCAAGGCAGGGGGGAAGCACCAACGGCGGGCGACAGUAGACUCGGCAGAAGUGCUGGGGGCGUGGGAGAGGGAGGCUGGGCAGGCUGGUGGCGCUGGCAAUAGCAGUGGGGGGCGUAGUGGAGGGGGUGCGGGCGAAGGUGUGGGAGCGGGUGCGGGAGGGGGCAGUGGGAUGCCCCCUCGCCCCAGCACGAGCAGUGGCGCGAGUCAGCUGGCGGUGGCGUCUGGGUUUGGGCCCUGGGAUGCUGCCACUGCCAUGCACGCUGCUGCUGCAGCCGCUGCCGCUGGUGGUGCUGCUGGUGCUGCUGGUGCUAGCAGUGUUGCUGGUGGUGGUGGAGCCUCUGCUGCACUCCCUAUACCGGGCUUACCCCCCUUGGCUGCGCAUCAGCUCGUGGGCAGCAGCCCCUCUGGCCCACCUCCUGGCAUGUUCCCACCAGGCGGAGUGGCAGAAUUCCUGAGGCAGCAGCAACUCGCAUGGCAGCAGCAGAUGGGGCAGCAGGGGGCGGAUAUGAUGCUGCAGGCGCAACCCAUGGUGGCAGCAGGCAUGCUUCCGCCCAUGGCCCCGCAACAGUUUUCACUGCCCAUGCAGCAACCCGGCAUGCCGCAGCAACCCGGCAUGCCGCAGCAAUUUCCACCUAACCCUGUGUCUGGUGCAGCAAUGCCCUAUGGCCUGGCGGGGCCGGGCAUGCCUGGCAUGCUGCUGCCGCCAGGGGGGAUGGCGCACGAGGGCAUGGGGCAAGCGGGCAUGGCGCAAGGGGGCAUCAUGCACGGGGGCAUGGUGCAAGGGGGGAUGGGGCAAGGAGGCAUGGGGCAAGGGGGCAUGGGGCAAGGGGGCAUGGGGCAAGGGGGCAUUGGACAAGGGGGCAUGGGCGCAGGGAUGAAUGGUAUGGGCAUGGGCAUGGGCAUGGGCAUGGGCAUGGGCAUGGGCAUGGGCAUGGAGAUGGGGAUGGGGAUGGCAAUGGGGGGACCCAUGGGGGGAUCGGGGACAAUGGGACCGCUGGGCGAGGAGGGGGGCUACAGCCGGCGAGUGGUGGUGAACAGUGUGCCCAUCACCGACCCGGCUGUAGCGCGUGCAGAGGAGCUCGCUGGACCCAUCCACCCCGGGAGCUACUGGUACGAUGUGCAUGCUGGCUUCUGGGGAGUGAUGGGAGGGCCGUGCCUCGGGAUCAUCCCAGCGGGUAUCUGGGACCUGGCACUAGCUCCUCUGCUACGCCACUGCUCCAACGGGCACACACGCGUGCUGGUGAAUGGCAGGGAGCUGCAGCGGCGGGACCUAGACAUCCUCAUGCAGAGGGGCCUGCUCGACCACCCUGGCGCCGCCUACCUGCUGGAUAUUCACGGCAACCUUGCUGACGCCACCAAUGGGGAGCCGCUGCCCUGCCUCGGCAAACUUGCUCCCUCGUGA